GCGGGGCGCGGCCAGGGCCGGAACAUGGCGGCGCCCUCGGCCCCGCGGCCGCCCCGGCCCCGCAAGGAGCCGCAGCCGCUCGUCAUCCCCCGGAGCGCGGCCGAGGAGCAGCGCCUCCGCCUCGAGCGCCUCAUGAGGAACCCGGAAAAGACUGUACCAAUUCCUGAAAAACUGAAUGAAUGGGCACCACGGCCUCCCCCGGAGUUCGUUAGAGAUGUCAUGGGUUCCAGUGCUGGAGCUGGGAGCGGGGAGUUCCACGUGUACCGGCACCUCCGUCGGCGAGAGUACCAGAGGCAAGAUUUCAUGGAUGCCAUGGCUGAGAAGCAAAGACUAGAUGAGGAAUUCCAGAAGAAACUGGAGAGGAAUAAGAUGAUUGCAGAAGAGCAAACAGCAAAACGCAGAAGGAAGCGCCAGAAGUUAAAAGAGAAGAAACUGCAAGCUAAGAAAAAUAAACUUGAACAAAAGAAGCAGGAAAAAGAACCUGGGCAAUCCCAAGAGCAAGGCAGCAGCGAGGAUGACGAAGAGGAUAGCAAGGAGGAGGAAGAAAAGGAAGAUGAUGCUGAAGAGCCAAGUUUUGUGAUGGGAAGAGGAUGAGGCCUUCCAGGAACAGCUGGAAACACUGUUCAUUGCUUUAUAUUCAGGAGCAUGAAAGUCUUUCAUCUCAGCCAAGCAGAACCCAUUGGCGUACGUUACAUCUGCUUAACGGGGCAUGGCCUUCACGUCACAGGCCCGAGAGAAAAUGAUAGAGAAAUGCCAAAUAAGAGAUUUUUUCUUAAUUGCUUGUAUAACUGCUGUGCAGUCUGCUCUAAGUUUGCUCUAAAGAGUCAGCCAUAAGUCUCUAUGACCCUAGAGUUCUUUCUAAAAUGGCCCAGAGUGUUUUUCUGUCUGAAAGCUAAAACAUAACUAUUACCAUUUAAGGGAAAUAUUACUGUGAAGGCUACGUAUUCUACUUAUCUUGAAGCUGGUAGCAGUGGGAUACAUGAAUCUAGGGGAAGAGUUUAACCUGAAGUAGAAAAGUGGUCUGUAGCCAGACUCUCCUGCACUGUGAGUGUUCUGCAUUUGGGGUUUUGUAUGGGGUCAUCUCUAACCCAAAGAAAUCAGUUUAUGUUGCUAGACAAGUUCUAUAGAUUUUUAAUCAGGAUCCCUUUUUUAAUGCUAAAACUUUCCCUAUUGCUUUUCUUCCAUGUUUUCUAAAUUAAUAAAAGGGAUGUGUUGGAUUGUU